AUACAUGUGGUAAAAGGAUUUAUGAACCGCCCAGGCGCGAUUUGCAACGCGGGAAAUACUUGCAAAAAUAGGAGCACACAUUGUAUCCACAUUGACAGUGUGAAUACAAUUUUUGUAAAUUCAUGAAUUUUUGUGCCAUAUUUUUUAUAAGGAAUUGUGGCACGGAUUUCUACGUCUUUGGAAAUGAAUCCUAUUUUCACUCCUGAUUGAAUAGCUGAAUUUUGUGGGACACUUUCGGUCUUGUAGCUGCCGAACCCAACUUUUUGCUAAAGUUAGGUUACUUGAUAGCAAAGCUGGGUAAAUAGCUUUUUCUUCAGAUGGCAAGUGAUUCCUGAGCAUUGUGAUACAAUUUGAGAUUUGAUCAGCUUUUGACACAUUCGUCUUUCAUCUCAACGAUGGCGGAGAACAAGCAUCCUCAAGUUAUUUUUUGCAACGACUCUCCAAAGAGGGUCCUAGUGUCUGUGAUCAAAACCACCCCGAUCAAGCCCAGGAAGAACGAAUCUCUGAUAGCGACCAGCCCUGGAUUCAGCGACUUCAUGGUGUACCCGUGGAAGUGGGGGGAGAACGCCCAUAAUGUGAGCCUGAGCCCGGGCUCCGUAAACGGGGCUGCCUCCCCUACCGGGACCAACACUGCCAGCGAGGCGGACAUGGGUGCCUCCCCUGACCAGAUGAAGGACAGUAAAGAGGACGCUAUUCGGCGUGGCCGCCCGCGUGCUGACACUGUCCGUGAGUUGAUUAACGAGGGGGAGAGUUCCUCCAGCCGCAUCCGCUGUAACAUCUGCAACCGUGUGUUUCCUAGAGAGAAAUCCCUACAGGCCCACAAGAGAACACACACAGGGGAGAGGCCUUACCCGUGUGACUAUCCUGACUGUGGCAAGGCUUUUGUCCAGAGUGGCCAGCUAAAGACUCACCAGCGCCUUCACACCGGAGAGAAGCCCUUUGUCUGCUCUGAGAAAGCCUGCGGGAGUCGCUUUACCCACGCUAACCGGCACUGCCCGAAGCACCCAUAUGCCCGUUUGAAGAGAGAAGACCCCAAGGAGGGACCAAACAAGGCCCAGUCUGUAGACAACAAGGCUGUGGCAGAGUGGCUGGCAAAGUACUGGCAGACCCGUGAGCAGCGUGCCCCUGUGCCCACCAAGGGGAAACCCCAGGGCAAGGGCGGGGUGGAGGACCAGGAGCAGCAGGACCCCCGGGAGUUUCUCCAAUCAGAUGAGGAGGAAGAGGAGGAGCCAAUGGAGGAAGAGAAGUGCAACGGGGGUGGGGCUGCCAAACGGAGUCUCCAAGAGCAACGGGAGCGUCUCCAUGGUGCCCUGGCGCUCAUUGAGCUGGCUAACAACCUGUCUGCCUGAAACCCUACCCAUAUCCCAGUGUUGAAACCCUCCCCAGUCACUCCCCUUCUGCCUCCCUGCACAAUGUGUUCUGGGUAGAAGUUGUCUGUAGGGAAACAUCUAGGAUAAGCUUACCCUCCCCAAAUACUUAACCAUUAAUGGGGGGAAAUUCUAAGCGGAACUUAGAUCAGUAUCUGGGGUUCUUCUCCAUGUGCAGUGUGGGGCAGGCACAAGCUAAAAGCACCUUAUCCAGCUUCCAAUUGUAUCCUUAUUAGGCUGCUAAGAUUGUAGAUCACAGGUGGCUGGUGGCACCUUAGUUGGGGAGGACGGGCUCAUAAUAAUGGCUGGAAUGCAAUAAAUGGAACAUUCCAUUCUCUACAUUCCAGCCAUUAUUAUGAGCCUCCCCUCACCAGCCUCCUGUGUUGUAGAUGUCAAUAUAUGAAGAACGUUUCACUUUCCUCUACCUUCUAAAGACUGGAGGAGAUGACCUUUUAAUGUUUAGUUUGUUUUGUUUGCACUUUGGUGGUAACGAGUUAUUUGUUAUGUCUUUUACUUUUGACGAUAAAGUAUAUUGUGUGAGUAUGUUUAUAUAAUGGAAGUCUAUGUAGAUUUAGCUCAGAUGGAUGGAGUGAUACAGGGUGCGGUCAGUCAUAGGACAGUUUAGGUGUAUCUAAAUACUGGAAAGUGGAUUCCUCUCCUGAUUCUCUGAUCUGGACUGUGACACGAUAGGUGAAAAAGCAAUGUGGUGGAAGCCUAUCAGGGGAUUUCGCUUCCACCUGUCUAGUUCUUUCAGAUCAGUGCAGGUGAAGGAGAGUAGAUGAGGGGAGGAAGUCACUGUAGAGACUAUUGAGAUGCAACCCAUUGCAAGCCUAAUCUACAGUAGUGGCUAGCCACAAGCUUUCACAAAAAUUCAAGCUCCAACCCCUUCACCUAUUAAAUGUAUCACACCCAGAACUGUAGCUAUAACCCUGGAGGGACAACUCUUGUCCUGGAGAGCCGCAGAGUGAGCAGCCGCAGCUCCAUAUCAGCCCUUAACAAACCUGAUCUAGAUGAUUACGGGGAUUUAGACCUUAGUUAGUUGGGUCAGGUGUGUUAGAGCUGGGCUGGAACAAAUGCAGCUAUGGCUGUGCAGGACUGGUGUUGGCCUUCUCCACUCUAACCAAAUUACAUGGCCAGACAUACGGAAGAGGAGUAUUUAAAGUCAUUAGUGUUGCCACCUUUUAUAUUAAAAGAUGCUGGCUGAUUGGAGAUAUGGACUUGUAGCCCCAUUGGUGGUGUAUGUACAAGUCUUCUCUAUAAUCAACAUUUCAUAGGUAUUUAUUUCAUCAUGUUUUUUUGUCCUUUUUGUUAACGAUCUGCUAUCACAAGCUGUCUCCGAGUACUGACAUAUAGUUCCAUUGAAGAAUAUAUUGAUCAUCGCCUCCCUAAAAUGAUUUAGUAUCUUUCGAUGUCAACUUCUAGCCGUUAGAAUUGUACUCCCCUUUGCAGCAGCACGUGUAUCUACAGUAUCUGCUACUAAGUUUUGCAUUUAUGGAUUAAGCUUGCAAUGUAACGUUUCCACCUAUUAGACCAGUCUAGAGAAAUGGGACAUGUUUCCACCUAUUAGACCAGUCUAGAGAAAUGGGACAUGUUUCCACCUAUUAGACCAGUCUAGAGAAAUGGGACAUGUUAGACCAGUCUAGAGAAAUUGGACAUUUUUCCACCUAUUAGACCAGUCUAGAGAAAUGGGACAUGUUUCUACCUAUUAGACCAGUCUAGAGAAAUGGGACAUGUUUCCACCUAUUAGACCAGUCUAGAGAAAUGGGACAUGUGUCCACCUAUUAGACCAGUCUAGAGAAAUGGGACAUGUUUCUACCUAUUAGACCAGUCUAGAGAAAUGGGACAUGUUUCUACCUAUUAGACCAGUCUAGAGAAAUGGGACAUGUUAGACCAGUCUAGAGAAAUGCGACAUUUUUCCACCUAUUAGACCAGUCUAGAGAAAUGGGACAUGUUUCUACCUAUUAGACCAGUCUAGAGAAAUGGGACAUGUUUCUACCUAUUAGACCAGUCUAGAGAAAUGGGACAUGUUAGACCAGUCUAGAGAAAUGCGACAUUUUUCCACCUAUUAGACCAGUCUAGAGAAAUGGGACAUGUUUCCACCUAUUAGACCAGUCUAGAGAAAUGGGACAUGUUUCUACCUAUUAGACCAGUCUAGAGAAAUGGGACAUGUUUCUACCUAUUAGACCAGUCUAGAGAAAUGGGACAUGUUUCUACCUAUUAGACCAGUCUAGAGAAAUGGGACAUGUUUCUACAUAAAUGAGGGUGUAAUGAAUGCUUGGCGUUGGCAAUGUUUUAUUAUUUGUUAGCAACACUACAUCUCUUAACAUUGUGUAAAUUGCCAAUUGUUUUUAUAUAUAUGUUUUUGUUGUUUUCAUUAGGUUUGUGCUUCCUGCAACACCCAGAUGCUUUGUUGGCCAUAUGUGAUUAAGUGUUGUAUCCCACUGGGCACAUACUGGUUGAAUCAACGUUGUUUCCAAGGCAUAAAAAAAACGAUGUUAUGACAUUGAAUCAACGUGCAAAACUGGUUAGAUUUGGAAAAAGUCAUUAAUGUAAAUGACUUUAGGGAAUAUUUGUCUAUUUCACCCAGCUUUUAACCUAAACGACAUGGUUCAAAUGUUUGUUGAUAUUACGUUUCUUGACAACUCAAUCGAAUAUAAUUCAAAACUAAACUCAGCAACAACAAAAAACGUCCUCUCACUGUCAACUGCGUUUAUUUUCAGCAAACUUAACAUGUGCAAAUAUUUCUAUGAACAUAACAAGAUUCAACAAAUGAGUCAAACGGAACAAGAUCCACAGACAUGUGACUAACAGAAAUGGAAUAAUGUGUCCCCGAACAAAGGGGGGGGGGGGGGGGGUCAAAAUCAAAAGUAUCAAUCAGUAUCUGGUGUGGCCACCAGCUGCAUCGCCUCAUGGACUGCACCAUAUUUGCCAGUUCUUGCUGUGAGAUGUUACCCCACUCUUCCACCAAGGCACCUGCAAGUACCAGGAUAUUUCUGGUGGGGAAUGGCCCUAGCCCCUCACCCUCCGAUCCAACAGGUCUCAGACUUUCUCAAUGGGAUUGAGAUCCGGGCUUUUCGCUGGCCAUGGCAGAACACUGAUAUUCCCUUCUUGCAGGAAAUGCACAGAACGAGCAGUAUGGCUGGUGGCAUUGUCAUGCUGGAGGGUCAUGUCAGGAUGAGCCUGCAGGGAGGGUACCACGAGGGAGGAGGAUGUCUUCCCUGUAACGCACAGCAUUGAGAUUGCCUGCAAUGACAACAAGCUCAGUCCGAUGAUGCUGUGACACACCGCCCCAGACCAUGACGGACCCUCCACCUCCAAAUCGAUCCUGCUCCAGAGUACAGGCCUCGGUGUAACGCUCAUUCCUUGGACAAUAAACGCAAAUCCGACCAUCACCCCUGGUGAGACAAAACCGUGACUUGUCAGUGAAGAGCACUUUUUGACAGUCCUGUCUGGUCCAGCGACAAUGGGUUUGUGCCCAUGGGUGACGUUGUUGCCGGUGAUGUCUGGUGAGAACCUACCUUACAACAGGCCCUCAGUCCAGCCUCUCUCAGCAUAUUGCGGACAGUCUGAGCACUGAUGGAGGGAUUGUGCGUUCCUGGUGUAACUCGGGCAGUUGUUGCCAUCCUGUACCUGUCCCGCAGGUGUGAUGUUCAGAUGUACCGAUCCUGUGUAGGUGUUUUACAAGUGGUCUUCCACUGCGAGGACGAUCAGCUGUCCAUCCUGUCUCCCUGUAGUGCUGUCUUAGGCCUCUCACAGUACAGCCAUUGAAAUGUAUUGCCCUGGCCACAUCUGUAGUCCUCAUGUCUCCUUGCAGCAUGCCUAAGGCACGUUCACGCAGAUGAGCAGGGACCCAGGGCAUCUUUCCUUUGGUGUUUUUCAGAGUCAGUUAGAAGGCCUCUAAGUUUCAUAACUGUGACCUUAAUUGCCUACCAUCUGUAAGCUGUUAGUGUCUUAACGAACGUUCCACAGGUGCAUGUUCAUUAAUUGUUUAUGGUUCGUUGAACAAGGAUGGGAAACAAUGUUUAAACCCUUUACAAUGAAGAUCUGUGAAGUUAUUUGGAUCUUUACAAAUUAUCUUUGAAAGACGGGGUCCUGAAAAGAGGACAUUUAUUUUUUUGCUGAGUUUAGAUGUUGAAUUGACAUCUGUGUCCAGUGGGAUGACAUGUCCAAUACAUUUUUUUGCUAGAGCACAGGUUAAACUGGAACUUAGUUAAUAAUCAAAACAACCCAAGUGUAGUGUAUAUAUCUUGAUGUAUUUUGAACACUUUGUUGAUUAUUUGGUUAAAAAGUUAAGUUUUGGCAGUUAAUAUAUUCCACAACUUGUUUGUUUGAAAAAGAGAAGAAAAAAAUCUCCUGCACACAAUCUACAGUACAAGAGCUUUGAAGUUGAUGUUUAAAUGAUUGUGAAAUUCACUCUCCCUCCCACCAUGGUAACAGACCAUAGCAUUGUGCGUUUUAGGCCUUAAUAUGAAAUGUUCUGACUUGCUUUGUAGAGAUGACAUUGUUGAUGUUUAAAACAGUUUCUCUUUAUAGGCAGUCCACACUGUUGGUACUUGUUGGUCUUCAAUAAACACCAUCAAUGAUCAUGA